ACACUUCCGCGUCCCAUCGCCGGCUCGUCCCUCUCUCGAACCACCCAUCGCCCCAGCCGUCGUAAUCUCUCCUCUCAAGCCGUAGCCCCGAGUCGACUCCCCUCCUCAUCCCAAUUUACCAAACCCUAACCCUAGCAGCUCGUCCCCCAUCUCACCCAGCGCGCGCGCGGCCGCCGUGGCGGGCGACCGAGGAUGCCGUCCGGGUCUACGCAGUUCCGGUACACACAGACGCCGUCCAAGGUGCUGCACCUACGGAACAUGCCGUGGGAGAGCACUGAGGAGGAGCUCGUCGAGCUCUGCAAACCAUUCGGCAGGGUUGUGAACACCAUGUGCAACGUCGGAGCCAACCGCAACCAGGCCUUCGUGGAGUUCGCAGAUCAAAACCAGGCAAUUUCAAUGGUUUCAUAUUAUGCUUCAUCUUCAGAACCUGCCCAAGUUCGUGGUAAAACUGUGUAUAUCCAGUAUUCAAAUAGGCAAGAAAUAACAAACAAUAAAGGCACUGGUGAUUCUUCUGGCAAUGUCCUGCUUGUCACCUUUGAAGGUGUCCAGCCUAAUGAUGUUAGCAUAGAUGUUAUCCAUUUGGUAUUUUCUGCUUUUGGGUUUGUUCACAAGAUAGCAACGUUUGAGAAAGCCGCUGGUUUCCAGGCACUUAUCCAAUAUACUGAUGCUCCAACUGCUCUAGAGGCAAAAAAUUCGUUAGACGGAAGAAGCAUACCGAGGUAUCUACUGGCUCAACACGUCAGCAUUUGUCACCUGCGCAUUACAUUUUCUGCGCACAAAGAUUUGAAUAUUAAAUUUCAAUCACAUCGCAGCAGGGAUUACACAAAUCCUUAUCUUCCUGUUAAUCCAACUGCAAUCGAGGGAAUCGCACAGCCCAUGUUAGGCUCUGAUGGGAAGAUUAAGGAGCCAGAGAGCAAUGUACUUUUAGCAUCAAUCGAGAACAUGCAGUAUGCUGUGGGAGUGGAUGUUCUACACACUGUGUUCUCUUCUUUUGGUGCUGUCCGAAAGAUUGCAAUGUUCGAGAAGAAUGGUGGAAUGCAGGCUCUAAUUCAGUAUCCAGAUAUAACAACAGCAGGAGUUGCUAAACAAGCUCUGGAGGGACAUUGCAUAUAUGAUGGUGGUUACUGUAAGCUUCAUCUGUCAUACUCUCGUCAUACUGAUCUGAAUGUGAAGGCACAUGACGAGAGAAGCAGAGACUACACCGUCUCGGAUCCUAGUGCUCAGGUACAAGCUGCAGGUCAAGCCCCUGGUCUAAGCACUCCUGGAGCAGCAUGGCAAAGCACCACCCCUGCUGCUUUUUAUGGAAGCUCAGCAAGAGCGGCCUCUAUCGGACAAGUGCCAGCCUGGAAUCCUAACAUGCAGCGAGGGGCGUUUGCACCUGCAUCAACCUCGUACCCUACCCAAUUAUUGAUGGCAAACCCAGGCCCGCACUUUCCAGCAGUCGGAUCAAGCUCUGGUGCUCCUCCGAUGUUGUACCAAGCUUCGCAGCAGAUGGCACAAUAUGGCACAGCCCCUGCUGCUCUGCCUCAUGCAGCCUUGUCUGGCGAACCGAUGUACUUCCCAAAAUGAGCUAUUCAUCCGAUAGAGCAGUUGCCUAUGCUUUGUGCAGCACCUCUCGUCUUCAAUUUUUGGAACUGCACUGUAAUGCCGAUCUGUUUUUCUUGGUACUUGUGAGACCCCUGUGGCAAAUGUACCUGUCUGGCUGUUGGUGCCUGUAAGCUGCACAGCAAAAUGGAAAAUUACUCGAGCCGUGUCAGUUCAAUCCAAAACCUGAUGUUCUUUCUGCGCUUGAUAA